AUGGCUGGCGGUACCCCGGGCGGAGAGGCCACCGUAGGGUCUGGCGAACCUCGACUAAAAGGCCACGCGACACCCGAGACGAUAGCAACGGGAUGCAUUGCCUGGGUCGAAAAGGAAGGCCAACCGCGACGAGCCGAGAUCCUUAGUAUCAAGACAACAAAGAGCGGCAAGCAAUUUUACUGCAAUUUCGAUAACUUCAACAAGCGACUGGAUGAAUGGGUGCCUGUGGCGAGGAUUGAUUUUACCCGAGAAGUCGAGUGGCCAAACCCAGACAAGGACAAGCCCAAGGACCCCAAGACCAAGAAGGCGUCGGCAGCUCAAUCGAAGAAGCAAUCUAAGAAGGCGCAGAAGCGCCUAAGCAAGAGAGAGCAGUCUGUGGCUUCAGAGGCGAACACGCCGCAUCCUUGGACAGACUUUGUAGAUUCCCAAAGUCGACAAAAGUCUUCCUCCCUUGGCCCCGAUGGCGACAGUCAAACGAGACCUAGCGUCGAAGGUGGCGCGACACCCGCGGUCGAUGAUAUGGACAUGGACGAGAAAGAGACGGAGGUCAAGAGGGAGCCAGCAGAGUUCAGUCGCGAGGUCGAAAUCGAGAAGCUACGGACAUCUGGAUCAAUGACGCAAAACCCAACCGAAGUGUCGCGAAUUCGAAACAUUUCCAAGGUGCAAUUCGGCAAACACGAUCUCUACCCAUGGUACUUUUCGCCAUACCCUGAGGUCUUUAACCAAGAGGACGUCAUCUUCAUCUGCGAGUUUUGUCUGAGCUACUACGGAGACGAAAAGGCGUUUACGCGACAUCGACGAAAGUGCACGCUCCAGCACCCCCCAGGAAACGAAAUCUACCGAGACGAAGCCAUUUCCUUCUUCGAGAUUGACGGCCGACGACAACGAACAUGGUGUCGCAACCUGUGUCUGCUGUCCAAGAUGUUCCUGGACCACAAGACACUCUACUACGACGUAGACCCAUUCUUGUUCUACGUAAUGACUACACGGACGGAGAAGGGAUGCCAUCUGGUUGGGUACUUUUCCAAGGAGAAAGAGAGCGCAGACGGGUACAAUGUGGCCUGUAUUCUGACUCUACCCCAGUACCAGCGCAAGGGCUACGGACGACUCUUGAUUCAAUUUUCGUACGAGCUCUCCAAGAUUGAGGGGAAGCUUGGGUCUCCAGAGAAGCCACUGUCGGAUUUGGGUCUACUGAGUUAUCGACAAUACUGGUCAGAGAAUAUCCUCGAGCUUCUCAUGGGUUACAACGAGCGAGAGGAAAAGGUUACGAUCGAGACCAUUUCCUCAACGCUUGCCAUGACAACCCAGGAUGUGGAGCAUACUCUCCAGGCGAUGCGGAUGCAAGUGUAUCAUAAGAGCGACCACAAGAUUGUGAUACCAGAUAAGCUGAUUCAGCAACGGGAGAAGUCAAAGCUGAAGCGCAAGCGGAUAGUUGAUCCUACCAAGAUUCAAUGGAAGCCGCCAGUGUUUACGGCAUCCAGCCGGACAUGGGGAUGGUGA